AUUACAUCGGAUGAUCGAAUUCUGCGGCAUAUGUGCGUUCUCGUGAAUGAGUUUCUAGGCCAUCCCUCACAGUAACGAUGGUCUCGACCUUGCGACAAUGUCUCCAUCCUUUUCGCCCUGUUUCCGAGUCAACAAAAGGCGAAUGCCUAGGAAACAAGUACAAGGCAACAAUUUAUAAUUCCGUUGCACUGAGCGCGAUCUUUUUGUUCUUGCACAUUGUCCUACCGAACCGACGUGUACCUGCUACAGUACAUAAGGUCGACCUCCAAACAAUGGAAAAGUACGCUUCAAUCCCCUUCUCCCAUAGGUCCAGCUGGUUUUUAUCGCGCACGGUCUCGCGACAUUCAACUGACGAGCAGGCUCUCGCUACAUUCAUUUUUUGAACCAAUAUUUUUACGCAACUAGUUCAACCAUGCUAGCCGAUAUUUCAAAAGGCACCAUCCUGUACUUCACCCCCGUGCUCAUGCUCACAGCACUCCUGCUCUCGUUGUUUUCGUACCUUGCCCCGACCGUUAUGUUGCAUGGUCAAGUCGCGUUGCUUACGGUCACGCCAUCCUCUGCCUUGACCCAGCCCGGAUCUACCAAAGCAGUGGAUGGCCCCAGCAUUUUCUUUGGACCUUUAGGGUCGUGCUCUCGACCAAAUAAUGAAGCUGGUCUGACAUGUAUGCCAUCUUCCAUAUCUCCCAUCUAUAACACUUCGGUGUUUACAUCUAAUACCCCCAGCUCCGUCAUAUCGGCCCCACCAGAAGGUGCACCAGCCUUUAUCGCAAUUUCACUUGUAUUCUCCGUGAUUUUCUUCGUCAUGUUCACGGCAAUAUCAUUCCGUCACCUGAUGGGCAAAGCUGGUGCUAUUUGGGAAAAACCCAUGGUGCAGCGUGUCUCCGCAUGGAUUGGGAUUUUUGCGUCUCGGAUCUACUCUCAUCAUUUUAUGUGGUUUGGGAAGGCUGCCGAUGACUUUAAUCAAAGUAUCCAGGGCCAGGGAAGCAAUGGUCCCCAACUGAUUGCCACUAUCGGCAAUGCAUUCACGAUGAUUUGGGUAGCAUAUGCAUUCUUUGCCAUCCCUGUCGUUGUUUCACUGGCUAAAUUUCACGUUCUUGCUACGAAGUGAUGACAAACAAAUUUAUUACAUUUACACGGACAUAUAUAGACGUCUUCCUUUCCGCCCUCCAUCUAAGAUGUAUACUUAUCCAUAGUUGUUUGCCAUUGCUGUAUCCAUGAUGGAAGUUAUUGCCUAUGCCCUUGGUGAACUCAUCCAGCUAUAGGUGUGUACCAGCG